UAUCAUCAACCCCUUUGUAACAAGUUUCAAUCCGUUCUUUUGAGGCCUCGUCAAAAGCAGGCUGAGCAAGAGGUGUCUUGUUGAGUGCAGAAUUACUUCCAACGAUGCUUGUUCCUCUGAUCUGUGCGUUAAUAAUACAUACGGUGGCCGCUCAAUCAGGCCACCCAGAAUUUGAUCCAACGAUGGAGCAAGUUGUUUUGGAGGAAGGAACUUUAGCAAAAGUUGAAUGCGAGGCCAAAGGCGAGCAGCCUCUCACUUACAAAUGGUACAAUCAGACUGGUGUUGAGAUCCCAUCCGACGCAAAUCAAGACAUCUUCACUCGCCGAUCCGAUAGCGGCUGCUCUUUGAUUUUUGGUUCGGUGAAGCGAAUUCACGCUGGGCUAUACUCGUGCAGUGCAACCAACAAGCAUGGGACUGCUUCGAAGCCUUACGACAUUAUUGUCAACAGCACGUCAGGUAACAUAACAACGAAUGAAACUGCUCAAAUCGACAGUGUGAAAGUAAUAAACAUAACAGAUAAUAGUGUCGAAUUCAUCGUUACAACGACCGGCGAGCCGGAUUCUUUUUACAUCAGAUACAAGGAAAAGCUGGAUAAAGAAGAAAAAUCGGUACAAAUAAAAAGAGGCGAGAAGGCUAUUGUGAAAGAUCUCGUGCCAGCCGGACGCUACGAAUUUCGCUUCCAGAUCGAACCCCCUUCUCGAGUUGAACGCCGGGUCGAUCCUUAUAUAGUAAUUUUGCUGCCUGGUGUUCCUGAUGUCAUCUUCCGAAGCAUUAAAGACGGUAUGGUGGCUGUGGAGUGGUUCCGAUCAAUUGACGACUUUUCCCGGGACACCAUUGAAGAAUAUGAACUGUCUUAUAACUCAGUGUUUCAGGUUGGAGGCAGAUCUUGGAAGCCAAGGGAUUGCGUCACAACAGUCAAGAUACCACGCCGGAAUUGCUCAGCUGGCAGGCACACCAUUGCCGGACUCGAAAAAUCAAUUUACCUCGAAAUUCGUUUGAGACAGCGUACGUCGGCAGGCUAUGGGAAACCGUACAUCAAUAAAGUUUACACACAGUGAAUAAAGAUUAUUUGAGAAAUAAAAAAGCUUUUUCUAUUAAAAACUAA